AUGGAUUCAGUUGUUCCAGGCAUUUUGAACAGCAAGGUCAAAGAAUAUGAAAAGAGCCAAGCAAACAAAAUUAGAAGCAUGCGAGUACUUUAUGAAAGUGGGCUGCUUGGAAAGAGAAAAUACACCAGCAUAAGAAAUAGUUCUGAUGUCUUGAAUGAGACAGGGGGGAAAAAGAGAAAAAAUCAGAAAGCAGAAAUUAUUCCAGGGGUUGAAGUGCCAAAAAUUUUACCCUAUAAAAAUCUGAUGUCGUCUUUGAAAACUAUUGAUGUCGGAGAACUGAGAGAUUUACAAACACUAGCCACAGAGCUAUCUACGGAAAGUGUUCCUGGUGUUUACAGACCACUUAAACCAUAUCUCCUGAAGCUAGCUGAUCUGUAUAUGGAUCUUCAUAAACAAAUCCUCAUGCUUCAUUGGUUUCAUGGUGAAGAGGGACUAUUCUGGGUUGCUAUAAGGACAGAUGGUGUACCAUUCGGUAAAGAUGAUUGCGCCACUGGUAAGCUUGUUUAGUUAGUUUAGAUUAGCAUGAAUGGCCAGUUUAUGUAAACUCACUGCAAGAAACUUUUGAAUUGCCAGCAGAUCUUUUAGAGCUUAGUUGUACCUCAGGAUACUGUGAACUAUCUUUCACAUGCAUUUCAUUGUAAACAAAGAAGAGCCCAUAUUAAUGAUAUUAAUAUUCUUAAUUUAUUACUUUUUUAUAUCACUUGGGGACAGCAUAACAUAGUUCUGGUGGUGACCACUUCUACUGUAUAUAAUCAUCCUUGCAGCCUACUUAGUCAGUUUCCUAAACCUGCUAAAUCGAGUCCAGAGUUGCAACGAAAAUCACCUGCUGCUGGGGGCCAACUGUGAAGAGGACCACCCUUUAAUGAAAGCUUACACCCAACAACCUACAAAAGAAAUGGAAGAAGUGGAAAAUAAAGUGUUGACCACUGAGAAGGGAUAUCAAGUAAGAUUUGCCAUCAAAUUAAUUCCUUCAGACAUGAAGUGGGCCUCCUCUUUCUCAGGAGAGUUGAACAAUGCGGCAACUUAUUUUUCCCCAUUUGCAAAUGUCUCACAAAGCAACAAGCACACCAUGUUUGGCUCUAUAGGAGAUUCAGAUGCAACCUGGCAGCCAUGGAGUUAUGAAAAGAGAUUAGAGGUGGCAAGAAAAGUUCAAAAUUUUAAAAAGCGCCUAAAAGAUCCAGACAAGAAGCAGAGGGGUGAAGUAACAAAAUUCAUAGCACAAAACAAAUCCAGGUAGAGUAUUUUUUGAUGCCUUGCAGCUAAUUUUGCUCUUAUUUAAAAUUUUUAAAAGCAGUUUGAUUUUUGUUUAAUUUUUUUUUGGUCUUCUCUAAGGCUGUGUCCCUUUGGGGUGAUCUGGAUCAAGAUCAGUGAUCCAAGAUCUGUCUGAAUCAUGGUGCACAAAAGGAACUGGUGAAUCCAUAACCGAAGUGGAUUCGCUGGUUCUGUUGAUGUACCAUGAUCCAGACAGAUCUUGGAUCACUGAUCCAGAUCCGGAUCACCCCAAAGGAAUGCAGCCUAAAUCUAAAAUUUACUUUAGGGGAGCAGGGAUAGCGCAGUGGUGAGAGCGCUCGCCUCCUACCAAUGUGUCCUGGGUUCGAUUCCGAGGGUUUUCUCCUGGUUCUCCGGUUUUCCUCCCUCCUCAAAAAUGAACAUUUCUAAAUUCCAAUUCGAUCGGGAAUUCGAGGACCACGGGUUUGUCAGUCAAAGACUGUUAUGUGCUACCCUCAUUAAACAAAGUCGAUUAUUACUUUACCUUACCCUUCCAGGCAGGAGUUUGUACCACCCCUUGGAAAAUUUGUUAGCUUGAUAAAGCCUGAUCCAUUGCACAGCAUCAACAAUGGUUGGCAACAGUGGUUUACCCAUUGUUUGACUGUUGCCAUGCAGCACACCAAUCCUAAAUCCUAAUCAAGGCUGCAGUAGUUUUAUCAGAUUUGCCAACUUCCUGCCCUCUAGUCACGUUUUUUAAUCGUGUAAAAGAACGCAUGAAGUAUGGACAUCUGUACAAAAACUUUUGCCGUUGGUUUUCUGAGAAACGGAAGAAAGGGCUUCAAUUCAGUUAUCGUUUUACAGGUUUGGAGUCCAAGAGAUUUUGUUGGAACUUUGGGCUCCUAAUUGAAGUUCUCUUAGGCAUCACCAACAUUUCAAGUUCAAUCAAAGUAAAACUGCAUGCCUUAGCUUUUUCAGCUUUACAACUACGAGACAGUGGGUCACUGUUUUCAAGGGUGGAAAUUAGUAGAGAACAGUUGGUAGAGCUUGAAAGCAAGUGCCAACUGUAUUUGAAUACCCAUGCCCUUUUGCUUGAUGGCAUUAACCCCACAACUUGGACAAUUGGAUAUGCCAUCCCCUACAGCACCCAACAACUGUUUAAGGAGAGUGGGUUUGGACUUGGAUUAAAUUCCAUGCAGGGGAGAGAAGCCAAACAUAUAAAACUAGCGGCGUAUGUACAAAACACUUGUAACAUAAACAAAAACCAGAGGUGGUGGAUGGUUUUUAGGCAUGAAUAUGUCUCUAUGGUGUGGCUUCGAGAAUUAGAUCCCCACAGCAUUACCUACCGCCCAGAAAAAAGAAAGCUUGUGACUCAUACGUCCCUAAGAAGGUAG